AUGGUGGAUAUGGAGACAUCUCUUCUUUCCCCUCCAUCGGAGGCCAAUUCGGUUGUGCCUCUAAAUGCUGCAAUCCGUACCUCACCCAUCCAUCCAGAUCUCCCUGAGAUUCAAGUUCCCGGAGGGUCGCUCGACGCGCACACUUAUCACCCGGUUACCUGUCAGCCUCUCGAGUUUGAAAAUUUCGGCACAGAACUGGAGCAGCUGAGACUGGAAUUCCCGACACCAGAGGCCGCUUUGAGGGCCCAGCAACAGGCUGCCCAGGAGGCGAGAACUCUUAUUCAAGAAGCAGAGAAAAAGAGGGAGCAGGUACAGAAAGCGAUCGACAAGAAGAUCAAAGAAAGGGACACAGAGAUGAAAGUGCUAUCGAAAUACCAGGAAGUCAAGGCGUCAGACAUUCCCGCUUGA